UGCCUGUCAGAUGGUUUGUUGUUGUUCUGUCUGCCAGGUUGAGAGGGGGAAUGUGAAAGUGAGAAAUUUAACAAGUCAACCAGGAAACAGGGCAGCCAGAGCCACGUCCAAUCCGAUGGAGCUUCAGAAGCCGUAACUUUCUUUGACGAGAGAGAAAACGUUUGUUAAGCAAGCUUGUCAAGUUCAGGUUUGUUGUCGCUUGAAAAAGAGCAUCACAGCGUCUUUUCUUUGCAGUGGAGGCUGAAAGGUUGUUGGUGGACGGUACAAUGAGAGAAGAGGUGUCCUGCACCAACUCCCCCGAAGGAGGUCUAGGGGCCAGCGAAGAGGAACUGGAAAGAGGAUCGAAGAAGACCCUCCAAACAGGAAAUCGAAAACGUUCCCCUUACCCUAAGAAGGACAGCCUCUGUCAGUCAGAGGAGAGCAGCACCGGCAGCCCCAACAGCCUGCUGCCGUCUGUUCCGAAGAAAGUGAAGAAAAGCCCUUCGACGGUUGUGUCGUUGGCCCCCACGUCGCUGGGCCCCAGGCUGGAUCAACCCUUCGAGGACCUCCACUCUCAGCGCGUCAUCGCCAAUGUGCGGGAGCGUCAACGCACUCAGUCCCUGAAUGAUGCCUUCGCCUCUCUACGCAAAAUCAUCCCCACGCUACCUUCUGACAAGCUGAGCAAGAUCCAGAUCCUGAAGCUGGCCUCACGCUACAUCGACUUCCUCUACCAGGUGCUGCAGAGCGACGAGAUGGACGCCAAGCUGGCCAGCUGCAACUACCUGGCCCAUGAAAGACUGAGCUACGCCUUCUCCGUCUGGAGGAUGGAGGGGGCCUGGGCCAUGUCCGCCAGCCACUAGGAUCCCAUCGAACUUCUCUCCUAAACCCUCUCGUUUCCACAUCUCCACCCCACUGCCUGUGUCUGUGUUUGCCCCCAUUUUCUGACCUCUGAUUUCUUCCCCUUUUGGUCUGAUCUUAACCUUUUCAUCUAAAACCUUUCCAUACAUUCCUGCUCUAUCUAUGUGCUCUAUAAUGGUUCACUCCAUCUCUACACCAUUAUUAACAUUCAGAGUUGGAUCUUUGCAACUAAAACCUCUCACAGUUCACCCCUGUUUCCCUCCAUUGUUUCCACCUCCACUGCUCUCCCUUGUCUUUCCUACAGUUUAGUCCAGUGCAACAAGACGCUCCACUGCAGCCCCUCAGAAAACCGACAAAUGGAAAAUUCUCUACACUCUACACUCAAAGAAGAAAUAUGUUCCUGCCUCACAAGACAACCCCCCCCACCCCCCCAUUUUUUUUUUCUUUCAAAAAACCUUUUUCUCUUUCUCUGGACACAUACACUUUCUCUACUCAUGACACUGAGAUGUACUCUUGCAGCUUGACUCUAACAGUCCUGUGUUUCUGAAACACUGGUGAGGACAUGACAGUCAAGUGCUGAACAUUUGAUGAAUGAUGAAAACA